AUGCUUUCGGUGAAUGUGUUCGUGACUUUUACAUUCUUCUCCAACAUCCUGCAGUCCACACAAGGGUGGCCAUUUCCUCGUUCCGAAACGUACACUAACAAGAUUUGUAGGUGUAUUGAUUCCCUUGCUCAGGCUGUGAAGUUUUAUGGAAACAAAUACAGAAGCCUCAUCAUAGACAGUCUACUGGGACUGGCUAUUUUACGUGACUCAAUUGGCUACAUUUGUCGCACUGAAUUAUUGCCACCUUACAUCAUUAAGCGUGUAUGUAAAUUGUCAGCGUUGAUAAAUAAUUCCUUCGACGCUAUGAGUGACUACAUACUGUCGCAUAAACUCGGCUUCCUUUCCAUGCUUGAAUGGAAGGCGAAUACAUAUAUGGGAAAUACAAUGUAUGUAUCAGAGAGCCCUACAAGUACUCUGAGAUUGUCCAUAGCUCUACUUAAGUUAUAUCCUCGACGCAAAACGAAAAUUGUCUGGCUGAAUUGGCCAAUGGGACGAAAGCUGGCUGUCUGUCCUCUGCUUUCAGUUGUCUACUGUGGACUUGGGGGCUACUUCCAGCUGGCGCAUCCGACCCUGAUGGAGGAGAUAAUCUCCUGGCAGGAUUCUUCAGGAUGCUUUAAAGCUGUGCGUGCGAAAGAAAACGGGCAGGAGAGUGAAGGAAAUCCUGAAAUGGACAGACCACUGAAAGAUGGAUGCCUACCUCAUCUGCCUUCAAUGGCAGCAAACGCUUUGGCAAUGCACCUAUACCGCUUUGCAACAGAAGUCGUAUUCGUUCCCGACUUUUAUUCCAUUCUCCUGAUGGAGACUAUCCUCCUUGAUAACGCGUAUGUCUUCUGUCGUACUAGCGUGACCAUUUGGUGUAGCAGGAGGAAUCUUCCCGACUUUGUGAUUUUGGGGCCAUCUCCAACGAUGUCGCCGCAGCCAAAGGAUCGUCCCUACGCCUCUGUUCCAGACACCGUGGCCUAUUCGUGGGUUCGAAUGGGUAACGAAGCGCGUGAUAUUGGAACCAACCAACUCCUUGAGGAGACCUUCAUCCGAGAUUUCGACUCUUCUUCACUGGAGGCCAAUCUCAAGGCUAUUCGGAGUAUUCGCAAUUUCAUCACCGCGAAUCCAAUCAACAAGCGAAUCGUCGUAGAAAAUGAUCUUAUUCGAGGAAGAAUUAUGUCUCUCACUGCGGCUUUUUCGGCAACCACUGAAUAUUCGACCAUCUUCAAACGAGACUUCCUCUGUAUGUACGCCAGUUUCUUGCGUGAAAGUCCUGCCUUUGCCGAGGAAUUGUGCAAGCGGAGGGACUUUCUGAACGACCUCCUUGAUGCAGCAAAUUUAAGCUGUGAAAGCUCCGAUCCCCCUUUGCGUGAGGCAAUCAUGCUCUUACUCAAAACCCUUUUCGAAGCUGACAACCUGGACCAGGACUUUGAGUCGUUGCCCGCGUUUAAGAAAACCACCGCUCUGGAUGUCUUCACAAUCGAUCGGUUAGCUGAUCUUAUUCACCUCAAUGAGGCGCUAUUUGAGGCGUUGCGAAGGGGUGUCGAAAGGUUCCAAGGCGGUGCGGGUGCGAACACUCUCGUCUGCCUCACCAAACUUCUCGCCCUCCUCGCCUCGUGCGCUACGUUGGCGGGACGAGGGGGCGCGGUGCUGCUGCGCAUGGCUCAUCGUGGCGUUAUGGCCACCGCCUGUCCACGCCACGCACCUCUCCUUAACCAGGAUCGCGGCCUUAUCCUUCCUUUUGAUAUGGCCAAUUCGGCGCCCUGUCCCGAUGCCGCCGCGCAUGCGGUUGCCAGGUUUUCGCUCAAAAUAUUAUUCUUCGCUAUCUACCAUGUCCCCUUGGCAUUUGAGACGUUUAAAAGGGUGUUGUGCGAGACAGACCCUUCAGCUUUAAUCUCUAUUUACUCGCAUCUAUCGCAACCCUACUCCCGUUGCUACUUGGGCUUCCGAGGCGGGCCCAAAGUGAGCUCUCUUUGUUGCCACCGCGAGACGCACAGUGACCACCUCAUCUACCGUCUCAGUGGCCGAUCUCUCGAUGAGAAUAGCAACAUUGACGAAAACGGCGACUAUGACAACGAGGAAGAGACAGAAACCGAAGCGGAGAUGAUGGACUCCCUGGGUCUCUGUUCGCCCGAUGGGGCGUUCGGUCUCUCGGGCACCGCAGAUCGCACCAUGUGUCUCCUUGUGGGUCUACUAAGGGGUGUCCUGUUCUGGCGCUGUUGCUGCUCCUCCGCUGCUACCGAUGACUCCUUCUCGAAGACAAAUACUGUCAUCGUUGCCUGUGACCGCUUUGGUCGUGAGACCCUGCGUGCUGACGGGCUGGGUCUCUCUGACGAUCAGAUCUCCUUAAAGAUCCUGCAGCCGCUGACGCAGAAUAGCCUCCCACUGAGUGGCACGGGUGUGAAUACAUGGGCCUGCCACGUGGUGGUGUUGGUGCUUAAGCAGCGUCGUAGCCUCCAUCGCCGCCUGCUCUACAGCCAACUCCUUACUCCCGAGUUCGAUGACACUGUCUCCUGUCUGCUCAAGGCCCUCCAACCCACCUGCGACUACGAUGACUACGCCGACUUUCUGGAACAACUCAUCCCCUUCUCUCGCCUUUUUGCCUGUCUUGUCUCUACUUGUGAAGGUGUUCGUGUCCGAAUCGGUGAUUUGUCAAUGACUAGAGCUCUCAUCCAGAUGUUCAUCACGCAUCCCUCCUUGACCACAAGCACCUCCACCGCAAGUCUCAAUCUCACGCUUGCUGUGUGUCAACUGCUUCACGGGUUAUCACGAUCAGCCGCUCUACUGCACACCCUCUUCAGCGAUGUUUCAAUUAUAGACUGCUUAAUCGAGUUGUGCACUCGUCUUCUGCCGACGGUCUCGUCCGAUCCAAAUCAUGCGGAAAUCGUGCUCGCUGCCUCCUCAACGCUGGUCAAUCUCCAACUCUGUCAACUUCCCAAUCUUGAUUUCCAGAUGUCCCGGGUCAAAUGCAUUGACGUCUUUCACUCCCUCCUACGUGUCGAUGGUGAGGAAGUGGAAAUCGCACUCUCCCUCCGUUUGAACGGUGUCUGGGGUCUGGCCAGUGCGGCUGCCACUGCUGCCUCUAAUCGACUGGCCAACCGGCUGGAGGCGAUUGAGCGUCUGGACACUGCUCGCACUGUUCCCGAAGUCAUCUCCCAAUGUAGUGCUCUCCUCUCUCCUUCGUCACCUGUUGGUGAUUGCGAUGCUCCUGCGGUAGGCAGACAUGAGGAGAAGACGGUGGUAUUUGAGACAAGUGGAAGUGUUCUCAACUCUAAACCCUCCCGAACUCACUUGGAAUUGUACUUUAUUCAGAAGAGCCUUCUCUUACUUCGCAACAUAUUCGCUCUGAAGGAGGUACAAGUGACGGACUACAGUGAGGGCGUUUUCUCUCUGUUGGCAAAGGUGUUGUCAUCGAAUCAAUCUACGAGUGCCAAGUAUGAGGCGAUGGUAGUUCUGGCUAAUCUUCUCACUAAUGCUGACGCUCGGAGUCAGUUUUGGUACCAAAGUGAGCUCAUCGAAUCCCUUGCGACGGCUAUCACCCCGGACGCCGAAACAGCCCUUCUUUGUGGUGUGAUACUGGUGGUCGUGAAUAUUCUGGAAGCUCCGGAACCCCUGGCAACUUCAGUGGGUGGUGAUUCACCGGGUGAACUCUUCACCCAAAUCCUCACUCUACUCCUCUUUGACGACUCUCGGGGUAACCGUAUUGGCUACAAGACACCUUCGUCUUCCUCCUGGUGUCGUCGCUCCUCAUUUCGCUCAUCACAUCGCCGCUCAGUGGCCACCACUACCACCUCCUCUAGUCCCAUUCGGCAGUCUCCUGAGAUCAUGGAAACUACUCCAGAGACUUUUGUUGAAGCCUCUGAUCCACCACCACCCCCUACAGUCGAGGCGGAACCCCAAGACAAACCCUUGCUUCGUCUGCUAGGCAGCUUUAUCGAUCUCUUCUUCGUCUACUCGGAGACGAGCACCUCCUCCACCUCUAUUACCUCCAGCAGCAGUAGCUCAAAACAAGUGUUUAGAGAAGUCUGGGAUUGGCAUUACCAGUGCGGCCGCGGUGGCGACUCCGAGGAUGAACGACCGCGAAGGCGGAGAGGCAAAAGAUUUGUCAGUGCCGCUGCCUCCACUACCACCUCUCCGCAUUAUCGAAACAGCUGUCCUCUCCUCCACCGACAGGAGGCCAAAUUUACCCUUGCCAAGGACUUCACAGAUUCCGCGGGAGCUAAGGGCGGGCUGAAGAGUCUACUAGCGAGUCUGCUGAAGGAUACUGAAGAUGAACCGGCGUCUGCAUCGCCACCAAGGAGAGUAGAAGCCUCCACGGGCAGUGCGAUUUCGGAGGAGGGCGAAUUUGAGGACAAUUGA